CUUAAAAGAGUACCGAUGUGCAAGGAAUACCUCAAACAGUGGCUAGCGUCCUCGCUCAUAAGUAGCACCGGCGGAGCCUCGUGUGUUAUGGCGGAUAACUAUUCCAACACAUCGCUUAGAGGAGUCAAUCAAGAAGAGCGCGUCCGGGCAAGUGGAUUCUCGCAAAGACCUAGCAUUUUGCACGAAUUUGAGAACUCAGUCUCUGAAACGGACACUAUGAUUACAAUAUUAAAUAGAGCAGACGAAGAUCAGAGGGAUUUAUUUACAUCAAACAGCAAAAUAGGGCUGAUGUCGUCCAAAGAUGUCGACGAGUCUGAGAGGAACGAAACGAGCGAAGGCGAGAACCCUCUAUCUCCCACCAAAACCAUGGAUGAUUCUUUAGAUGGUGAUGACAAAAUAUCAAAACAGAAACGACACAGGACAAGAUUCACGCCAGCUCAGCUAAAUGAACUUGAAAGAUAUUUCACGAAAACACAUUACCCUGAUAUUUUUAUGAGAGAAGAAUUAGCCAUGAGGAUUGGAUUGACCGAGUCAAGAGUCCAGGUAUGGUUUCAGAAUAGACGGGCCAAAUGGAAGAAGAGAAAGAAGACGAUGAGCCUAUUCCACCAUGGUGCCGGCCUCUUUUCACCUCAUAUGAAUCAAAACUUCUCAUCGCCCUAUAGAGAUCCCCUCUGUUCAUACCACAAUGAACACCUCUGGCCAUCGCCCACGGGUAGCUUUGGUUCUGUACCAAGCACACUUGCAAGCGUGCCGUUGCCCAAUCAUUAUGGAUAUAACCAAUCAUAUCAAGUAGAUAGAAGCUCGAUGCAGCAAAUGAGUUAUCCUCAAGAAGUCAAUCGAGAAAUCAGUUGUGGCUCGUCAAACACUAACAGCUCACAGUACCCAUGUAAUGGACAAAACGGACUUGAUCAUUGGCAUGGAUCUAGCAUAGCUGAAUUGCGUCGUAAGGCUGUUGAACAUAAAACAGGCUAUUCCUAUAGAUAAACAAUUGAUAUUUUGUUGGAUGCAGCGUUUGUGUUGCGUUUUAACAAGCAUGUCAAAAGCAACUUGACAUUCUGCUAAAGGAACAUUGGAGUUUGCGUUCCCUUUUCGAAAAAAGGAAAAUUUGGCUAACGAAACAGCCCUUUGAUAUACACCCGCUAUACUCGAAUGGAAUAUUAACAUUAAAUGAACAGCUUAGCUAUAUUUCACUUGUAAGUUAAGUAGAUAACAUGUCCGCAAAUCACCUGUCCGAAUCGUUUAAUACACGACGAAUUCUAAAUGUAGGGUAAGAAUAUCAUCCAGCCUCGCUUCGAUUUCGAUUGGUGUUUUAGAUCCGAGCAAUUAUUGAAAGAAAUUCUAAAAAGUUUACCCAGGGAUUCAAGAGGAUCUUUUUGGGAUUUUGGGCUGGCCGACUUGAAUUCAUCUUCAGAGUGCACGAGAUUAAUGGCUUUUAAUUCGCCUCUAGGUCCUGAGGAUGACUUACAAUAUAUAUGCAAACACUGCAUUGUUUCUCGCUUUCUUGUCAAUAUUAGAUAACUAAUUCUGAAAUUCUAUAUGUGAAAUUCGGCUCUUCUAGCCUCGCACAAAAUGAUCUACAAAGAUACGAAGUUUAUAAACGGGGCAUAGACCAAAAUCAUCCCUUUUUUGAAGCAUCGAUCUUAAUCGAUCAAUUUUGUCUCUAUUCUAGCCUAUCGAAGCCCAUUACCCAGCAAAACAUUUUUUCAGAAAAAAAACACUUUUAUUGCGUGACGUACAAAGCCACUUAAUUUUUUAACAUUAAUGUUUCAUUGAUAUGACCUUGUCUAAUAGAAAACUCAAAGAAUAUCAGGUCCUGCUUCUACUUAAGGAUAUCAUGUCUCACACUAUGUUUCUCACACUUGACUUCAUUCGCUCUCCUUACCGUAAGGAUCGACUAUGAAACAUUUUAAAACCCUUGACAUCACCUCAAAAUGUAGGCAUUUUAUCUUGGCGGGUUUUGCAAAACCAAGUGGAUAUGGGUUGGACAAUCGAAAGCUUAUCGUACAAGAAAUUCUGAAUCCAGAACGUUUAAUCAAGAACCUGAGAGCCAAUUGAUAAAAUAUGUCAAGAUUCGUAGUUAGCAAAUAAUUGUAACAUGAAAAGCUAGUUGUUUUGUUUCUAAACUCUGUUACAGAGAAUAUGCAUCGCCAUAUGUGUACAUUUAGAAUAAACCAUAAAGAAAGAUUUUGCAAAGAACAAAUCAACGGAAAAAGUCCAAUGAAGUUUAUUUUAGGAUAAUUUAAGUAGGGAGGUAACCUGUAUCAGGUGUCCAACGAUAGUUACGUCAUUUCAUGCCUUUUUUCUCUAGGAAGUACCUUCAUCUCAAAUCCUUGCAUUCGUUUCAAGAGAUUAAGGGAUUCGAAGUUUGUUCCUGGUUUCUCUAGCCUUUCAAUCAUUCUCGAAGUUUUUCCCAGUGAACACCCUAAUUAAUCGCUUAUCAAAAUUGCAUGAAUGCACAAAAGCGUUUUUAAUUGCUCUCAACAGCAAAAUUGUAAACUUUAAGACAAGAAGAUCAACUGUUCGUUGUUGAUUCUGGUUAAUUCUGAGGAAUUAGGAUAAAACUCGCUUGGAUUUGUUGGCUCUAAAAGCCCUUAGAUACCUGAUUACCCGUGCUUUUAAGGCCCAAAGGUUAUAUCAUACUCUCAAAACACAACAGGCCCUGUAAAUCCUGGCAAUUUUCCAAGACAAAGACUCUUUCAUUCUAAAAGACCUACAACAGAAUCUACGACAGAGUCAUAUAUUUUGGUUAUUCAGGUGUGAUUCCUAAUGGUUAUCCUGACAGUUCUUGCAAAGUCAUUCGGCUUCACUUACUCUUUAAAAGGAACACUUGCUUUUGAAAGCAAAAUUGCAAGCAAGAAAUCCUAUUUAUCAAAAUUAAGAUUUUUGAAAGCUAAUGCUGAACCCAAGAUUGAUAAAAUUCGAUCUUUGAUAUAAUUUUGGUUUGGAGUAGUUAGAUCAAUUAAGUAUUUAAAGAAAUAGUAGCUUAGUAGUACGAACUUGUAAAAAAUUCUUACAUCGUAAAAAUGUGUAUCCUUUGGCCUAGCCAUAACUGCCUUUAAAUGUAGAUAAUUUUGUUUUUUCUUUUUUAAUUAAAUCUUUGAUUUACA